AUGUCACCCGAAGGUUCGUCGAGUUCACCAUCCGCCCCAACAACUCCCACGAAUCCUUUAUAUACGAUGGACCGAAAGAAGGCAACGCACUUACGCUGUGAACGACAAAGGCGCGAAGCAAUAAAUAGUGGAUAUAACGAGUUGAAAGAUUUGAUUCCACAAACAACAACUUCUCUAGGCUGCAAAACGACGAAUGCUGCGAUAUUAUUCAGGGCUUGCGAUUUUAUAACUCAAUUGAAAAAUGACAUUGAUGGAAAUGACAAGGAAUUACAACAACUUACAGCACAGGCUGCAGCUCUUGAAAUGAUUGCCGCCGAAUAUGAACAAAUGGCUUCAGCAGUCCCGUCAGCUUCGACGCAAACAAUUCAAACAAAAAUGCUUCAAACUCUUCUGGACGACUGCUUCAACUCUUUUUCGGAACAAGUCGAUUUCUCAACAUACGCAACCAUCACAAGAACGCUUUUAUCUUGGGUUGAAAAUCUUGCAGCGAAUAAAGAACCCUUUAAGAGCACAGCGGGCAAAAUGGUCACGAUGCCGUUCACUUCCCCAUAG